UCUUCCAAAGCGGCUAUGAAUGGAGAAGCCCCCUUCCGUCUCACUCCAGGUUCCCGUUUCCCCGUAAGCCUUUCCGUUCGCCAUUUCCCUCCAUCCGUCUCUCUCCCGUCAUGCCCGGUUGCAGCAUCAGGGCCCUCUGGAUCCUCAACAACCAAGACAACGUCGUCUUCUCCAGACGGUUUCCCGUGGUAGAAAGGCGAUGGCAUUUAGCUUGCCAGAAAGAGUAUGGGGCAUUGUACAAGGAAGAUAAACGAUUUGGAAUUUCUUUUUUGCUUCCAGGUGAUGCGGAGAUUGCAUCGGCAUUUUCUACUAGAAAGCAAAGUGAGGGUUCAGUACGGGGUUACGGGAUACGUGUUGCAUCAUCAGCUCUUGGUUCUGAUUCAUGGGUUGAUGAUCCAAUAACUCGACAUGUUAUUAGCCUUCACAUUGAGAAAGAAGAGGAAGAAAUGAGUACUUUGCUCUGGCCUCUCAUAUUGCAUACAAAAGGCCCUUAUCGCAUUCUUAUCUUACCCUUGGUUGAACCUGCCCACUUAGAAGCAUAUAAAGAAAUGCUGCAAAGACCAGAUUGUGGAAACUCUGUUGGAAUGGAGGAAGGCAUAUCUUCUCUUCUUCUUGAUCUUCCUUGCAUCACAGGAGCUUUUUUGGUGGGACAUGUGUUGGGCGAUAUCAUCGUUGGUGACGCUCAGGAACCAGAAGUUUUUGUAGCGGCAUCUCCUACAGUGGGAGGGUUGUUGGACUCUCUAACUGGUAGUAUUGGAAUAUCAGGCAUUGCUGCUAGGUCAAAACCUGUGGCUGCACCAGUUGCAGCUACAACUGGUACAGGCUCUGGUGCUGCUGGUGUCGUUGUAUCUGAUGCUCCAAGAAAUAGUUCAAGGCUACUUGACAAAGAACUUUUACGGACUUUUAUAAGCAGCUCAAUGCCUUUUGGAACUCCUCUGGAUCUUAAUGUCUCCAACAUACUAGCUGUCAAGGCAAAUGGUUUCCAGUCUUCAGAUUUGCCACCAACGGAUCUCAAGCAACCUGCUUGGAAGCCUUAUCUUUAUAGAGGAAAGCAACGGAUUAUGUUUAGCAUUCUUGAAACAGUUUAUGCAGCAAUGUAUGACAGAGACGAAAUACCAGAUACCGUAUUGAUUUCAGGUCAGGUUAACUGCAGAGCAGAGUUGGAAGGAUUGCCUGAUGUGUCUUUUCCUCUGGCAGGAUUAAGCACUGCUCAUAUUGAAGUUCUGUCCUUCCAUCCUUGUGCUCAGGUUCCGGAACAUGGCGUAGAUAAGCAAGCAUUAAUGUUCUCUCCUCCACUUGGGAAUUUCCUUUUGAUGCGCUACCAAGCAUACUGCAGCCUUGGCCCUCCCGUAAAAGGGUUUUAUCAGCUUUCAAUGGUUUCCGAGGAUGAAGGUGCCUUCUUGUUUAAACUAAGGUUAAUGGAAGGCUACAAGGCUCCCCUAGCAAUGGAGUUCUGUACCAUAACAAUGCCAUUCCCACGAAGAAAAAUUGUGUUUUUUGAUGGAAAUCCUUCUCUUGGUACUGUUGCAACAACAGAACAUGCUGUUGAAUGGAAAAUUAUUCCUAGUGGUCGAGGUGUUCCAGGUAAAAGUGUCGAGGCAACUUUUCCUGGAACCAUUAGGUUUUCCCCAAGAGCCACUAUGAAAUCUCAUGGUUCAUUGUCAUUUGGGAAGGGUAGCAUGGUUGAUGAUGAGAGUGAUACAGAAUCAGAAAAUUUAAACAAUGUAGUCAACAUUGAGGAUUUUUUGAUGGAAAAGAUGAAUAAGGACCUUCCGCCAGUUGAUAUGGAGGAGCCAUUCUGUUGGGAUGCAUAUAACUAUGCCAAAGUAGCAUUUAAGAUUGUUGGAGGGACAUUAUCAGGAAUGUCAAUAGAUCCAAAAUUGGUCAGUAUAUAUCCUGCUGUCAGGGCUCCAGUAGAUUUUUCAGCUCAGGUUGCUUCUGGAGAAUACAUAUUGUGGAACACCUUGGGCAGGUGUCCUUCUGCUGCAUCUUCAAAAGUGUAGCCAUGAUGUUGAGGAAGUCAUGUAGAUGAAAAAGGUGGGAGUUCUAAUUUUUUUUUGGUGGAUGCAUUAGCAUCCGGUCAUUCUGAGCUGGUUUUUCUUUGCUCAGUUUCGACAUGUUAUCCUGUUUGUGUUUUGCUCUUAUUUUCUUCAUUAUUAGCCGAUACUAGUUUUUAAUCAAUUUUGGGGUUUGGUCCUCCUUUUGAUACCUCACCAAGUAAAGAAUGUUACCUUUUGUUUUCUGGGCCUGGCAACGUAAUCCAUUACUUAGUGCUGCACUGUCGAGUCCUAUGCGUUGUAUUCCACAUCAAAUCGAGCUUUUCUAUGUUGAGGCUGUGAUGAUAAUAGUGUUCUUUCGAACUUGGCCAUCUGUAAAGAAACCUUUACUGUGUAAAAAACAGUGACGGUUUUUGAAGUAUUUGAAUGCCGUUGGCUGGAAUACUAACUGAUCUAAUUUGAUUGCUUGUUUCCAA